GCAAAACACACCAAAGAUUCACAAAACUCUCUGGCUGCUUACACAAAACAUCUUCCUUUUCUUCUCUUCCCUUCCAACUUCCAUUUCUCUUCUCCUUCACGCACAGAACUCUCUAUUUCUAUCCUAAUUUUCUCACACAGUUUAAAUCGAAUCGUAUCAAAGACGUAACUGCGCUGAUCAAACUCAUGGAUUCUCUCUCAUCAGUUCCUCCGUCGAUCGUUCUUCCUCCUGGAAAGCUUCUCCGUCACCACCACCAUCAGCGGCGAAUCUCCGCUCUUUCUUCUCACGCCAAGCCAAAAUCGCCGUUUCCUCAAUUCCGGAUACCUAGAAGUUGUAAUAGAAUGAGGUCUAUGGCUGUUUGUUGCAAAUUGACUAGCGGAGGAGACAAAGAAGAAGAGGAAAGUUCUAUAAGAGAUGAGGAAGUGGAGAGAGCGCUUCGUAUGGAUGGGACUAUUCCAGGAACUCCUAACGAGUUUGUAGAGCAUGUCUCAUCACGUGCCUAUGACAUGCGUAGGCAUCUUCAACAGAGUUUCGAUAGCAGCAGCUAUGACGUACUGGAGGCUAACCCUUGGAGAGAAACACCUAAACCUGUAUACGUGCUGACCCAGAGGGAGAAUCAGUUGUGUACAAUGAAGACCCGGAAAAACCAAAGUGAGGUUGAAAGAGAGCUUGGGAUGUUGUUCUCGAAAGGUGGAAAAUGGAAAAACCGUGCAAAGCAGCCAGAAGCUGACACAAGAUUUCAGAUGCUUGUUGAGGAUAUCAGAGAGGGAGUACUUGUAUUUGAGGAUGAAAAUGAGGCUGCAAGAUACUGUGACUUGCUUCAGGGAGGUGGUCAAGGCUGUGAGGGUGUUGCUGAGAUCGAAGCUUCAUCAGUAUUUGAUAUAUGCCGGAAGAUGAGGGCGCUUGCAGUUCUAUUUCGUCGGGGCAGAACACCUCCUUUGCCUGAAAGCCUCAAGCUAAACUUAAGGGCACGCAAGCGCUCGCUCGAAGACCAAGAGAACUUAAUGUAACGUUCCUGCAUUUGAUUUACGCCGAGUACAGGUGAUCUCAGUUGUCUAGUAUGCAAAAACAUAUUGGACACAGUAAUAUAAUUCUUCUCUGUGCAGCUAUUUUAGCCUGUUUAGCUCUGACAUGUAUAUAAUGUCACAUAACUCUAAUGGUUAAUGCAUAUAAAGGAUUCUCAGCCGUAUUCCCACUCAAA